UCAAGAAAAUUGGUAAACAUGAAAAUUUCCUUUUCUUUUCAUUCUAUUUUGGCAAAAUUCCUAAUUUUUUAAAAUAUCCAAGUAUAUAAAGACAACAAAGACAACCUCAAUAAAGCAGAGCUAAAGGAAAGAAAUCUCAUAGUUUCUAACAUUUUCAGGAUUUAUCUAUACUCUUGAGAAUGGCAUCAUCAUCUGUUCCUGUGUACUUGAAAGAUGAAAAUCUGACACAAGAAACAAGAGAUCUACUUUCUUCUCUUCCAAGCGAGAAAGGUUGGUUAGUCAGUCAAAUGUAUCAAUUCGAAGGAAUUUGGCAGACACAAGCUCUGGUACAAGGAAUCGUGAACUGCCAAAAACAUUUUGAAGCCAACGAUUCCGACGUUAUCCUCGCCACCCUUGCUAAAUCAGGCACCACUUGGUUAAAAGCUCUUCUCUUUGCUCUCAUUCACCGACACAAGUUCCCAGUUUCUGGCAAGCAUCCUCUUCUAGUUACCAAUCCGCACUCCCUUGUACCCUACUUGGAAGGAGAUUACUGCUUAUCUCCUGAGGUCAAUUUCGCCGAGUUGCCUUCUCCAAGACUCAUGCAGACGCACUUAACGCAUCAUUCUCUGCCGGUUUCUAUUAAGAGCUCGUCUUGUAAGAUUAUAUAUUGUUGUAGAAACCCUAAGGACAUGUUUGUUUCCAUAUGGCAUUUUGGGAGGAAACUUGCUCCAGAAAGAACAGCGGAGUACCCGAUUGAAACAGCAGUUGCAGCGUUUUGUAAAGGGAAGUUUAUUGGUGGACCGUUUUGGGAUCAUGUGUUGGAGUACUGGUACGAAAGCCUCAAAAAUCCGAACAAGGUCUUGUUUGUUACAUACGAGGAGCUCAAGAAGCAGACUGAAGUUCAGGUUAAGCGAAUUGCUGAGUUCAUUGGAUGCGGUUUUACUGCUGAGGAAGAAGUGAGUGAGAUUGUGAAGUUGUGUAGCUUUGAGAGUUUGAGUAGUUUGGAAGUUAAUAGACAAGGGAAAUUGCCAAAUGGAAUAGAGUCUAACGCUUUCUUUAGAAAGGGAGAGACUGGAGGAUGGCGAGAUACUUUGAGUGAGUCCUUGGCGGAUGUAAUAGAUAGAACCACUGAACAGAAGUUUGGAGGUUCUGGUCUCAAAUUUUCUUGUUGAAUCAAUCUUUAAGACUUGUUGUUAUGUUCUCUUUUUCGCUUUCUUCAAUCUUGUGGCUUUGUUGGUUUUUUCCUUGAGGGUUGAGUUUUUGUUGGUCUUCUUCUUGUACGAAUAAAAUGGAUAAUGUUUGUGUUUUCUAAUUUCCACCCCUAAUUAAAAUGUCAA